GAUUUUCUGAAACCUCAUUGGUCAAGAUUUCAAGCCCUAAGAUUUCCUAUAUAAAUUCGAGUUGCAAUCUUUCUCCUCAAAUCCACUCUGCCUUAUCCUUUGAAACCUAUAUUUCUCUGUAAUAAACUAUCUUUCCUAGAUCAAUACGUGGGCUGAGGUUCUCUCGCUGGUUGUGCUUCUAUCACUGAUUGUGCUGCCUCUUCACUUCGGCGGCGGCGGGGGCAGCUCGAGCUGCUUCUCCGGCCUGUUCAAGUUGGAGAGCAACUUCAAUUUUUUCAGUAAAGGUUUCCAGUUCUGUAGAGUUCUGCCCUUCGGCUAAGUCGGUGAGAGGAAUGGCGGAGAUUUUUGGUGGCGAUAAGACGAAAGGUUCCGCCACGGCAGCUGCGGAGGCGUUGGCUGCUUCCGGUUCUAGUUCCAGCUGCUCCAUCUCGGAGCUCUCGCUCUCGCUGAAUUUCGUGGAUUUCCGAACUGAAGAAGAUCUACUUUCUGGGAUUAGAAAAGCAGCAGACUCUGGAAGGUUGCCUCUGAAUGUUACUCAAGGCAUGGAGGAGUUGUAUCAGAACUACCGGAAUGCUGUUUACCAAAGUGGAGAUCCCAAAGCUCGUGAGAUUGUAUUAUCUAAUAUGGCUUUGGCAUUUGAUCGCAUCUUCAUGGAUGUCAAGGAUCCUUUUGAAUUUUCAUCCUAUCACAAAGCUAUUCGAGAACCUUUUGACUACUACAUGUUUGGUCAAAAUUAUAUCCGUCCCUUGAUUGACUUCAGGAACUCUUAUGUUGGAAACAUUUCUCUUUUCAAUGAAAUUGGAGACAAGCUUCUUCAGGGUGACAACAUUGUCUUGAUGUCUAACCACCAGACUGAAGCAGAUCCAGCUGUUAUUGCAUUGCUGCUGGAAUCAACAAAUCCUAAUCUUGCUGAGAACGUGAUCUAUGUGGCUGGGGAUAGAGUUAUUACUGAUCCUCUUUGCAAGCCCUUUAGCAUGGGAAGGAAUCUGUUAUGUGUUUAUUCAAAAAACCACAUGAAUGAUGAUCCUGAGCUGGUUGAGAUGAAACGUAGAGCAAACACAAAAAGCUUAAAAGAGAUGGCUUUGCUUCUGAGGGGUGGAUCAACAAUAAUCUGGAUUGCACCAAGUGGUGGCAGGGACCGCCCAGAUCCUGUCUCAGGAGAGUGGUAUCCAGCACCCUUUGACGUUUCCUCAGUGGACAACAUGAGAAGGCUUGUGGAACAUGCUGGUGUUCCUGGUCACAUAUAUCCCUUGGCAAUAUUAUGUCAUGAUAUCAUGCCCCCUCCACCAAAGGUGGAAAAAGAAAUUGGGGAGAAAAGAAUGAUAUCAUUCCAUGGGGUUGGAUUGUCAGUGGCACCAGAAAUCGGUUUCCAUGCCACUUCCUUGGAAGACCCUGAAAAGAAUAAGGCAGCUUAUACGCAGGCAUUGUAUGAUUCUGUGAACGAACAGUAUAACGUGCUUAAGUCUGCUAUACAUGGUAAACAAGGUCUAAAUGCAUCAACACCUACUGUCUCGUUGUCCCAGCCAUGGCAAUAGCUAACUCAUAAUCUGUUUGACCUCCAUAUGCU